AUGAGAGGUCAAGGAUCUACAGUGGCAUUUAUCCCCCUCAUCCAGCUGUCCUUUCAUGGAGUGAAGACUGACUUAACCUUUGCCCGGUUAAUGAUGAAGUCCAUUCCUGAAAAUGUGGAUCUUUUCGAUGACAGGCUGCUGAAGGGCAUGGACGACCGCUGUGUCAGGAGUCUCAAUGGUUACAGAGUGGCAUGUGAGAUCCUCAGGCUGGUGCCUAAUGUUGAUAACUUCAGGCUGGUGCUGAGAGUCAUCAAACUGUGGGGCCAACAGCGUAACAUUUACUCCAACAGACUGGGCUUCUUGGGUGGUGUAUCAUGGGCCAUACUGGUAGCCAGAACUUGUCAGCGCUACCCAAAUGCUCCAGCACCCACCCUGGUCUUCAAAUUCUUCAAGGCCUACUCUAUGUGGAUGUGGCCAGUGCCAGUGCACCUGCGGGACGUGAAAGACCUCCACUUCAACCUUCCUUUCUGGGAUCCCAGAGUCAGUCCCAGAGACCGUGACCACUUAAUGCCCAUCAUCACCCCGACAUACCCACAGGUCAACACCACCUACAACAUUUGUCACUCCACCUUCAACGUUAUAACGGAGGAGAUCAAACGAGGUCAUGUCAUUGCUGAAGAAAUACAGGUGAACAAAGCAGACUGGUCCAAAUUAUUUGAGACACCAGACUUCUCUGAAAAGUACCAGCACUAUGUUCUGCUGUGUAUCCACAGGAGGUCCGGUCUAGGGUAUAGGGGCUCCCCUAUAGUUGUAGCCCCUCUUACCCCUGCUGCAUGCACUCUGUGUGGGGCAGAGGCUUGGGGCAUGGCCCCCUGUCUUCCUGCUGGGCCUCCAUCUGCUGUGGAGGUGGUUAUGUCCCCAGAUUGA